GCUCAGGAGCGGAGCGGGCGGUGCGCGUGGGGCGGAGAGCAGCGCGAACCCGGCUCGGCCUCACCGAUCGCCCGCCGCCAUGGGCUCUUCGCAGAGCGUCGAGAUCCCAGGCGGAGGCACGGAAGGCUACCAUGUCCUGCGGGGUCUCCCUAUGCUGGAACUCGUGGGCUCAAGUGAUGGUCCCUUCUCAGCCUCCUGAGUAGCUGGGACUACAGGUACAAGAAAAUUCCCCAGGACAUAGAGCUGGAUUGGAGCCUUUUUUUGACUUUAUUGUUUCUAUUAACGGUUCAAGAUUAAAUAAAGACAAUGACACUCUUAAGGAUCUACUGAAAGCAAAUGUUGAAAAGCCUGUAAAAAUGCUCAUUUAUAGCAGCAAAACCCUGGAGUUGCGAGAGACAUCAGUCACACCCAGCAACAUGUGGGGUGGCCAGGGAUUGUUGGGCGUGAGCAUUCGUUUCUGCAGCUUUGAUGGGGCAAAUGAAAACGUUUGGCAUGUGCUGGAAGUGGAAUCAAAUUCUCCUGCAGCACUGGCGGGUCUUAGACCUCACAGUGAUUAUAUCAUUGGAGCAGAUACAGUCAUGAAUGAGUCUGAAGAUCUGUUCAGCCUUAUCGAAACCCAUGAAGCAAAGCCACUGAAGCUUUAUGUGUAUAACACAGACACCGAUAACUGUCGAGAAGUGAUUAUUACGCCAAAUUCUGCAUGGGGUGGAGAAGGCAGCCUAGGAUGUGGCAUUGGAUAUGGUUAUCUGCAUCGAAUACCUACACGCCCAUUUGAAGAAGGAAAGAAAAUUUCUCUUCCAGGACAAAUGACUGGUACACCUGUUACUCCUCUUAAAGAUGGGUUUACAGAGGUCCAGCUGUCCUCAGUCAAUCCCCCAUCUUUGUCACCACCGGGAACUACAGGAAUUGAACAGGGUCUGUCUGGACUUUCUAUCAGCCCAACUCCACCAGCUGUCAGUAAUGUUCUCAAUACAGGUGUACCAACAGUGCCGUUGUUGCCACCACAAGUAAACCAAUCCCUCGCCUCUGUGCCACCAGUGAAUCCAGCCACUACAUUACCAGGUCUGAUGCCUUUGCCUGCAGGACUGCCUGACCUCCCCGGCCUCCCCAACCUCAACCUCCCCACGCCGCACCUCAUGCCAGGGCUUGGCUUACCAGAGCUCGGGAGCACAGGUUUGCCACCUCUUCCUGCCUUGCCUCCUCGAAACUUAACUGGCAUCGCACCUAUCCCCAUGCCAGCCGAGUUCCUGUCAUCAUUCCCCUUGGUUCCAGACGGCUCUUCUGCAGCCAGCUCGGGGGAACUGCUGUCUUCCCUCCCGCCUGCCGGCAGCCUGCCUUCCAACCCCGUCAUGACUACUGCAAGGGCAGACGAGGCCACAGCACUCACUGUGGACGUGGCGUCCCCUGCUCCCAAGGCCCCCACCACUGUGGAGGACAGAGUGGGGGACUCCGCCCCAGCCAGCGAGAGGCCUGUGUCUGCCGUCACAGAUGGGAAUGCAUCUGAGUCACCUUAACUUUGAACCGUUCUUCAGAACCGGCGUGGUGUCUUUAUUUAACCACGGAAGCUGUCUGGAAAUGCAAACUAUCAUUAAUUUCAUACUAGUUUGUACCGUAUCUGUAGGCAUCGUGUAAAUAAUUCUAAGGAGAAAAUAAGCAAAAUGAUGUGGGUUUGUAUCCUGCCAAGUUGGGGUGGGGUCCACCACAAGGAAGGAAACAUCAGAAAGUGCUUGUAUUUCAAACAACCAAAAAAUUGGAAGGGUGGCUUGUCACCAGGCACCCACUGCCAUUCUGGGGUGUGCGUCUUUGGGAAAAGAGGUGCCAGGGGGUCCGCUAGGUUCCCUGUGCCCUGCUGCUCCUUCUGUACAAAAAUGAAAUACUUCACGCCUAGUGCUCACACGCAACAUUUCUUGGAGUUUGUAAACCGUUCGCAAAAGUGCACACCACUAAACUGUAAAAGGAAAGAUGCUUUACUUUUGGUCUCUGUGAGUCACAUCUCUAUUAAGGUUUACACAGAAAUUUUAAUUGAAGAUGUUUGUUAAAGUUACAUGGUGUGCACUAUUCAUUGAACAUCUUUUUAUUCAGCCUAUACACAUCCUUGUUUUGGAUCACUCAGACAACAUUUUGUAACUGCUGCUGUUGCUUUAUACGUCCACCAUUCAGAUGGCAUUUAAAGAAAAAUAAAGGAAAUGUUCCACAGUUUUAAAGAAGAAGGUGGCACUUGUAGCUACUUAGAAUACAGGUAGACUGAGAAAGCAGAGAUACAGCAAUAAAUAACAGUAAUUUUAGUUUCCUUCUUGUGUUACAUUUAAAUUACAGCCCAGUUGCCACGUGCACACUCGUUCUCCAGUAUGUCCAUGUCUUUAUGUUUGGUUUUUCUAGGAUGGUGAGUUAACUAAAAUUGAUUUAUUAAAUGAUGGUAAAUGCACAUUAUAUCCCUUUUUGAAGUAAGAUGAAAGUAGUUCGCUGGUUAUUGACCUGGUACUGAUAGGCCUUCACUGAGGGGACAGCACACGGCCUUCCUCUCCCACCACCCAGCUGGAAGCUGGUGACCAGCACCUCUUUCUCAGAGUCCAGCACUGGCCGGUUUUUAGGCUUCGUCCACCACUGGAGCCAAAUAUGUGCUUAAAGCUGAGUGGUCAAAAAAGACCGCAGCUCAAUAAACACAUCUUCUGUUUUCGUGAUAAA